AUGACUCACAAAUAUAGGGCUGAGAAGAGAUAUUUAGUUGUGUUCUGCAUCUCUAAGUGGAAUCCUUAUUCAUCUGAGGAAUUCUUCUCCUGGGUGGUAGUUUGUGAUUUUACUACUGCACACACUCUUGAUCUUCCUUCAGAAGCACAAAAGGCCCCAACUCGGGAAUGUAAACCAACUGAUUUCGAGGUUCCUGAAUCCUUCUUGAAUCGCCUUCAGGACCUGAGCUCCUGCUUUCUGAAAGACAUUGCUGUGUUUAUCACUGACAAGAUCUCCAGCUUCUGCCUUCAAGUGGCCUUACAGAUCUUACACCGCAAACUGCCCCAGUUUUGUUCCCACCUCUGUAAUGCUGUGAUUGGCUACCUGAGUAACUGCAAUUCCUCAGCAGAUGGCAGCCCCCUACUGCUAUUUCUGCGGGAUCAGACGAGCUCCAGACUCCUAGAGCAGGUGCUGCUGGUGUUGGAGCCCCCGAGGCUCCAGAGCCUCUUUGAGGAUCACUUCCAAGGGCAGCUGCAGACCCUGGCUGCACAUCCUAUUGCCAACUUCCCUUUGCAGCGUUUACUGGAUGCUGUCUCUACUCCUGAGCUACUGUCCCCUGUGUUUGAGGAGCUGAGCCCUUCCCUGGAAGCUGUGCUGGCCCAGGGUCACCCAGGGGUAGUCAUUGCCCUGGUGGGGGCCUGUCGCAGAGUUGGGACUCACCAAGCCCAGGUCCUGCAGCUGUUGUUAGAGGCAUUCCACUGUGCAGAGCCCUCUUCCCGGCAAGUGGCCUGUGCACCUCUCUUUGCCACUUUGAUGACUUACGAGGUGUACUAUGGACUGGUGGAGGAGGAGGGAACAGUGCCUACAGAGCACCAGGUUGAAAUGGCCACAACCAGGGCCCUAGGGGAGGUGUCAGUCCUUGGGUCUCUACUGCUCCAGCAUCUGUUACGCUUCUCCACUCCUGGCCUUAUACUUCGAAGCCUGGGUUCCUUGACAGGAGCACAACUUCUGACACUGGCCCAAAGCCCUGCUGGAUCCCAUGUGCUCGAUGCUGUCCUGACCAGCCCCUCUGUGACGCGCAAGCAGCGCCGCCGUUUGCUGAAGACCCUAAAGGGACAAUAUGUGGCUCUGGCAUGCAGUCGCCAUGGCAGCCGUGUGCUAGAUGCCAUCUGGGGUGGAGCAGCCUUGGGGGCCCGGAAGGAAAUUGCUGCUGAGCUGGGGGAGCGGAACCAAGAGCUGAUAAAAGAUCCUUUUGGCCACCAUGUGGCUCGAAACGUGGCCCUGACUACCUUCCUGAAGCGGCGUGAGGCUUGGGAACAGCAACAGGGGGCGGUGGCCAAGCGGAGGCGGGUUUUGAAUUCAAUACUUGAAGACUGAGGUCUUGGGAUCUGGGACUGGGUGUUGAUGGGGGAGGGGGAAGGGGCGUGUCUGUCCUGUCCCCUUCCCAGUUUAAAUUGGAGUCCAAGUCUUAUUGGUAAACAUUUUUAUAUUUUUA